AUGGACCAGCGGUUUCACGAGUUUCUGGAGGAAAGCCCGAUUCAAAAAUACUUCCCCGACCAAGCCGACGUUGAUGACCAGACAUUGCCUGAGAUUAGAAAGGUUAUCUCCGAGAACGACGCGGAACUAGCUUACGCUCUAGCUGAAGAACAUCUAUUCGGUAUGACUUACCCCAAAAAUGUCUCUUGGGCUGUUGCGUGCUACGAGCAUGUGGCUACAACCACGCGGAAUGCUUCUGCCAACUUCAUGUUAGGAGUGAUAUACGGAUCUGGCCUAUUCGGCCAAGUGGAAAUGGAUCAUUCAAAGGCCUUGGUUCACUAUACUAUUGCGUCUGAGCUGGGAGAUAGGCGAGCUACGAUGGCUUUGGCGUAUCGAUUCUACGCUGGAAUAGGCACUCCGAGGGACUACGUAAGGGCCAUGAUGUACUACCGGUCUGUUGUUGAAGAUCUGAUACCGUUUUUAGCGAGUGAUAGUGACAUUGGUGGACAACACCUUCCUGACUACAAAAUACGAUUGAGCGAUGCUGGUGGAGGUCUAUAUGGAGAGGGAGCUUCAUUAAUCUCCAGUUCAUAUACGAAUUUUGAGGAUUUGGAAGACGGUUCCAUCGCCUCAGAACAUUUCAGCGACUCAAUGCGCUAUUACGCUCAGGGUCUUUACUCCCAUUCGCUCGAAGAAGCAUACAAUUGUUUCAACACGGCCAUGAAUUCUGGGACCAGCCAUGCUUCAGAUCCUCUUUCUCUCUCUGAUGAUCCAUCAGUACGGGUGAUAGGUCGGUGUGUUGCGCAUUUGGGCCAUUUGUACCUGCGGGGUGAAGGAUGUGAACGAAACUACACCAAAGCAGGAGAUUUUCUGAGUGCGGCCUUGAAUCUUGUUGAUGACCCCAGCGUGGUGAGAAGGGCAGCUUAUGAUCUUGGCUUGUUGUUCAAAAUUGACGGUGUUAACUCUGCUGAAUGGUUGCCUCCAAAGGAGGCGGUUAGAGCUGCCUUUGACAACAAGUUUAUCUCCAACCCCGAUAAUCCCAACUCAUUGGAUUCCAGCAAAGUUUUUUUCUAUAUGGCUCAAUUGGCCGGAAAUAUGGAAGCAAUUGUGGAACUUUUUCCGAACUGGAUAUCCAUGCGAGAUAUCAGUCCGCAGGUGGUAAGACGGGGAUCAAACCCGUAUCAUUGGCUCACUCUUGCACAGUAUCAUGAGCAAAAUCUUGAUAUAGCGAAUGCGGCUUAUCUGUACAAACGCAUAGCUGAAUCUGUUGAAGAAGAAACCUCUCCGUUGAAAUGGACCUGGUAUCAGUUCACUCGAAAAAUAGGUCGCCGUUAUGAUCUCUCUCUGAUAGGACUCACAAUUGCUGCAGAACAGGGUUAUGAGUCCGCUCAAUCCUCACUGGGCCAACUUUUACUUCCAAUCAAAUCUUUUUUCCAGGAUUUGGAAGCUGAGUGCAAAGAAACGUAUCUAUUGGCUCUGAAUUACUUCAGCAGGGCUGCCGACCAGGCCAAUUAUGAUGCAAUGCUCUUUCUGGGUGAUGUCUACUACAAAGGAGUUACGAUAACUUCAGAUGGAACGAAAAUUCCCCCAGACUACAGAAAAGCCGGUGAUAUGUACCAUGAGCUUCUCCAGCGCAAGGAGUGUGUUCAGGCUUAUUUCAAUCUGGGAUACAUGUAUGAGCUUGGAAGGGGAUUUUCCCAAGAUUUCCAUCUGGCAAAAAGGUUUUAUGACAUGGCCGACGAAUUGGGUGAGAAAAGCGAUGAUCCCAAGAAUAAAGCCUACUUUUUAUUGGCUUUCGCUAAGGCAAAGCUCUGGCUGAAAAUGCAUCUUGGGAUACAUAAUUGGUUUGAGUGGGUGCCGAAACUAAUGAGAAGCGAUGAUUUGUAA